CCCGUUCCAACAAAGAAGGGCAAUCGUCCUUACCGAUACCUGCGCUGGAACUUCGGCUCCGUUUACAGACGUAUCUUCAGUCUCGCCUUCUUCGGCAACAUUGCAACCCUCGUAUUCGUCAUCAUCCGCUCCCUUGUCGGAGGCAUCCAGCUCACUCCCCAAACUUGCGCCACGGCCGUCUCGGCAAACAUCCUCGCCGCCCUCUUCAUCCGCAACGAGCACACCGUCAACGCACUCUUCAAACUCUUCGUCCUCUUCCCAUCUGCGAAGGCACCCCUACGUGUCCGCCGCACGUUUGCCAAAAUCUACUCAUAUGGUGGCAUCCACAGCGGCUGCGGCGUAGCCUCCUUCUUCUGGUUCGUCGCCUUUCUCGUCGUCCUCACGGCGCAGCUCAAAAGCCCAUCAAACGCCGUGCGAGCCUACAUCCUCCUCGACAGCUACCUCAUCUGCGCCCUCCUCGCCGCCAUCAUCGGUUUUGCACACCCCAGGGCCCGCGUCCUUCUGCACAAUUGGUUCGAGGGCACCCACCGCUUCCUGGGUUGGUCUGUCAUCGUAUUCUUCUGGGCCCUCGUCCUGAUGCUCGCCGCGGAUGAUAGCACGACGACCAGUACCCCCUACGCCGUAUCCCUCAUUCUGACCCCGUCAUUCUGGAUGCUCAUCGUCAUCACCCUCCUGGUCGCGUACCCUUGGACGCGUCUCCGCCUGCGCGAUGUCGAGGCCGAGGCCAUGUCGGACCACGUCGUCAAGCUCAACUUCAACUACGCAGACGUCCACUAUGGCCAAGCUGUCCGCCUCACCGACGCUCCCCUCCGCGAGACCCACGCCUUCGCCGUGAUCCCGAACUCCGCCGCCCCAUCCACCGACAUUGAGAAGGCCCAGACAGGGGGUCUCUCUAACGCCGGGAAGAAGGGCUUUUCCGUUCUCGUCUCCAACGCUGGCGACUGGACCAACAAGAUCAUCAAGAACCCGCCGAAGAAGAUCUGGACCCGCGGCGUCCCACAAUACGGCGUCCUCCGCGUGGCAGGCCUCUUUGAGCCAUGCAUCGUCAUCGCUACUGGCUCUGGAAUCGGACCUUGCCUGAGUCUUUUCGUGCAAAAACCGGAUCAUCCCGUGCGCAUCAUUUGGUCGACGCAACGGCCGGCCGAGACGUACGGACAGGCCGUCAUCGAUGCGCUCCACCGGGCCGACCCGGACGCCGUCAUUAUUGACACCAAGAAGACGGGGCGACCGGACUUGGUUGCGAUCACGUACCGUAUCUGGGAGAGUAGUCGUCGCCAGGCUCUGGGUCUCGCACAUAAUGAGGGUGUUGCCGCGACGACGACGACGACGACGACGACUACAAACAAGAAGAAGAUGGGUCCUUGCGAAGCUGUUGUCAUUAUUUCGAAUCAAAAAGUGACGAGAAAGGUUGUAUAUGGUCUUGAGAGCAGAGGCAUUCCGGCAUACGGCGCCAUUUUCGACUCAUAG